UCACACGCGUAUGCGGAUUACCGAUUGUCAAAGUGAAAAAGUGUGAAACGACUGCUGGUAAACAGAAAAGUGGUAAUUUCUGGUGAAAUCAGUGAAAGUUUCUACCGAUUUUUGCUUCCGAUUGUUGUGGAACGUUAACCAAAGCAGAGAGUCAUAAAAUCUGCUUUCAAUUAGUGUUUUCUUUAGCGCUGGAAGCGUUUAAAGUUUUCUGCGGAUCAUCGUCUUGGCAGUAAAAUCCAAGAUGGACGACAAACGCGAAGGUAAAAUGAAAGAUCGGUCCCAUAAAUCUCGCAGUCGUAGUCGCGAGGCGCGACGCACGCCAUCCCGGAGUCCUGGCUACGAUCGGAGGAGACGUCGGGAUCGAAGUCGCAGUCGUAGCCGGGACAGAAGACGACGGAGUCCGGCCAUGAGGCGACGCCGUCGAAGCCCUAGCGUUCCACCUCCGCCUUCGAUGCAACAAGUUCCUCCACCUCCGAUGAUCGGGAAUGCUAGGUCGUACAUGACCGGGCCCCCACCGAUGUACGAUGCUUACGGAAGCUACCCGGCUCCCCCUCCGGUGGCCGGGCCCUAUAUGGGUGACAUGGGGGCACCUGCCUACGGAACCUAUGAUUACGGUGCGCCAACAGAUGCGUACGGAGCCAUGAUGGCUCCGGUGCCACCGAUGAUGGUUGGCCAACCGGUUCCCCCGGGCGAUGACUACAGGACCAGUUGGACCACACAACCACCGCCGGUUCCUGUUGUUCAAGAAACCGAAGAAGACAAACGCAAGAAAGAAGCUGCUAUUGCCCUUGAAGUUCGCAACCAACGAGAAUCGCUCAAGAAGCAACGAGAUGACUACAAACGACGAGCUUCGGCAUUAAAACGGGAACUUAAAACAUUGAAACAACAACGUACAGAUUUGUCAUCAGGACGGGAACCUCCAUCCCCAACGACGUCCAGCUUCAUCAAGGAAAAUGACAAACUUCAGUCCCAGAUUCAGAACAAAAUUAGCACCAUCGAGAAUGUGAUCGACAUGUUGGACGGGAUCAUUGAGAAGGACAAAACGCCGACACCGCCACCCCUCGGGAGCAUCGAUACGCUGGAAGCGAUGGGCGGCGCCGGCAAGGAUGAUUUGAUGCUGGCUGCGCCUUUGGUACCGCCCGGAGAAGAACCGCGGAAGCUGCCGAGAACUCCACCGGAAAUCGAUACCAGCCACCGGGGGCACCGGGAAUUCUCGGAUUCGCCGGAGCGGCUCAAGAACGAAGUGCUGGAGACGAUGAAGCGCAGCAAGGCUCGCAAGGAAGAACUAUCAACAGGCAAGGCGGACCAGUUCGAGGACGAAAAAGACCUGGCCGACAUCAAGCGCAAACCGUUCUUCAACUACAUCUACUACGACCCGGAGCUGCACUGGUGCUCGAUCUGUGACAUUUUCCCCAAAACGGCCAAGGACUAUCUGAACCAUCUGCACACCGAGCAGCAUACAGCGCGGGCCGCGGCCGAGAUAACCUCCACCCAGCAGGAGUACCCGUGGCGGGCAAAUCUGCAGUCCGAUGAACAGCCACACUAUCCCGAUGUACCAAACAAGAGGACCCCAAUCCGUGGGUUGCAGUUUUUCGUUCCGGCCACCGCUUGGUACUGCAAGAUUUGCGACUUCUGGAUGGGUGACCUCCACUGUGCUUCGGUCCAUCUGAAGUCAACGCUGCAUGGCAUUAAGUAUGCGGAAUACGUUGAUGUCCAUCGUAAUUUCGAAAUGGAUUGGAUGUCGGACCGGCAGAAGGCAUACGAACGGACAAAAGAUGCCGGAAGGGAACAGCUGGCUAGCACU